UCGAGCGUUUGGCAUGUAUUGGGCUGUAGCGUGCUUUCUGACGUGAUACAAGUCGGCUAAACAUGAGCAGAAGAGAGAGUUAAAAAAUGGAUUUUAAAAGCUUGCUUAGUGCAUUGUUUGUUUUGUCUUCAAUGGCGAGGUUGAAUUUAGCAGCGGAAAGCAUUGAUAUAGCAUCGAAAGUUGGCAAGAUAACCGAAGGCUAUGUACUUGACUUAGUGCCGUCUCGUUCACUGUAUACAAACGGAUUGUUCGAGUGCGCCAUCACAUGCCACAAGCGUUUCCCCUGUUAUUACUUCAACUAUCAAAGUGCUUUAGAGAGAUCAGGGAUAUGUGAAGUGUUUCGGGAAUACCUGUCUACGAAGGACAUACAUCGUUUGCUUCUGCCAAAGCCAGGAUUUGUGUUCGUACAAACUGAAUUAUUGCUUAGAUCUUGCUUGGAUUUCCGAUCAGGCUCAAGUAAGUCUGGCACAUACCAUAUCUUUGAUGAAAAAAGUAAACUCAUUUAUGAAGUCUAUUGCGAUUUUACAACAGAGCCUGGAAUGGUUUGGACUCUCGUCUCUUCGCGACGAAGCAACCAACUUCUUUCCAUUCCAUUUUUUACCAACUAUGCGAUAGAUGAAGAAAACCCUAACUGGGUUAACUACCGCCUUUCUCUCGGCCGCAUGGAAGCUCUACAAAAACUCUCGACUCACUGGCGUGUCACAUGCAACUUGCCCACAGAUGGGGUCGAUUAUAGAGACUAUGUUCGGGCAAAGUUCUCUGAGGUGGAUAUCGUUCACCUUAAUGGUAAGGGCUUAUGCAAGCAGGUGGAGUAUGUCAAUAUUCGUGGCUACAACUGUAGCUUAUGCAUGACUCCUUGGUGGCAGAUCAGCUCGCAUUUAUUUCAUACCGACAGUUGGAAUUUUAAAAUAUGUGGUGCCAUGUCUAUCUCUGGAUCUGUAAACAGUGAAGAUAACUUCGGAUACUAUGGCCAAAAAAAUGCUGCUUUUCGCUGUACUAAGGAUCCCGAUUCGACGACAAACUGGUGGUUUGGAGGCCAUGCUUGAUGCAAGGCAAGGCAAGGCAAGGCAAGGCAAGGCAAACCCAUUUUUAAAACUUUGGGGAAAGAAAAUAUGUAGAAAAAUAGACUAUAAGCAGCUACGUCCAUUGUUGUGCCAAAUUACGGGGUAUUGAUAUUUUAACCUAUAGCUUUACCUUUAUUAUCUAGAUCUUCUUUCUAUGUCGAUAAAAAGUUCAGAGUUUGGCGUGUUUUUCUUAGGUCAUCAAUAACAAUUUGAAYAUCCCAUUCUUAUUGAUGAAGAAGAUGUCUACUUAUAGAAUAAGGUUGCACUUAGUAAUAAUGCAUUUUGCUUGAUAUAUAAUUUCAACAAUAAUAUAAAAAUUAUUAAAACUAUCAUCAUACAUCGAUAUAGAACAAACAGACGAAAAUGUUAUCACAGCUAUUUCAAAAGAGGUUGUUGACAUAUAUACUUUGUUUGUAUGUAAACAAUAUAAAUCACAGAUUGUUUGGGCUAGCCUAGAUAGAUAGUUAAACGAAUUCAUGUUCACAUCGCCCGUAGUGUUGAAGGUUUUGGUGCAUGUUGCAUUCCAAGACCGAAAUGUACUGCGGACAUGUAGCAAAUAUUGUAUUUGGGAAAAGUUCGAGUGUCUAUACAGUUUUGUUAACUUUUCGAAUCCUUUAUUGCAUUCACAUCGCCCAUAUUCAGUUGACCUUGGUAUGCAACAUACAACUUGCAGCACGCAACUUGCAACAUGCAGCAUCAAAAUCUUCGCCAUUCAAAUAGCUCUACAUAGACGAGGCUACUUUUAGAUAGUCUUUUGCUAUUAGAUGAUAAUAUUCUAAGUAAUGCGAGUAUACAUUAGUCUUCUUGUCAUGGCGUCCAUAACAGAUUUAUCAGCUAUUCCACCUAGCCACCUUUGUUAUGGCGCAAAAGUUUGAAUAUCAAAAUGUGGGUAA